UCGACUGUAGGGUAUAUCGACUGGCUGCUAUGGCUGUGCAGUCAAAACCUGCUCCGUUACCAUCAUGGGGUUUCGCCGUAGCUGGUGCUACGGGCGCCGUUUUAGCUAAUACCUUAGUAUAUCCGUUGGAUGUAGUAAAGACACGUUUGCAGGUCCAGGUUAAACGGAAGCCUGGUGAUACGAGCGAACACGCCGACCCUCAUUACACAUCGACGUGGGAUGCUAUCACUAAGAUUACCGCGGAGGAUGGAGUCAAAGGGUUAUAUGCGGGCAUGAAUGGUGCGCUAUUGGGAGUCGCCUCGACUAAUUUCGCCUACUUUUAUUGGUAUUCGAUCGUGCGAGAGCUUUACUUCAAAUCGCAGAAAGUUUCGGCGCCACCGUCUACGGCCGUCGAGUUGGUACUGGGCGCCGUAGCUGGUGCCGUAGCUCAGUUAUUUACGAUUCCGGUGGCCGUGGUUACGACGAGACAGCAAACACAAAGCAAAGCGGAUAGGAAAGGCCUCCUAGAUACGGCUGGCGAGGUUAUUGAAAGCGAGGAUGGCUUGUUCGGUCUUUGGAGGGGACUGAAAGCUAGCUUGGUGCUGGUAGUCAACCCUGCUAUCACGUAUGGUGCAUAUGAGCGAUUAAAGGGCGCUUUCUUCCCCGGAAAGGCCCGCUUGACUGCAGGAGAAGCUUUCCUCCUGGGUGCUAUGUCGAAAGCCUUAGCUACAAUUGUUACGCAACCUUUAAUAGUUGCGAAAGUUGGCUUGCAAUCGAAACCCCCACCGCAACGUGAGGGAAAGCCAUUCAAGGGUUUCAUCGAGGUGAUGCAAUUUAUUAUCAAGCAUGAAGGUCUGCUAAGCCUUUUCAAGGGCAUUGGGCCCCAGAUUAUAAAGGGGUUCCUGGUGCAGGGAAUACUCAUGAUGACCAAAGAGCGGAUGGAAUUUCUUUUUAUCCUCCUAUUCAGAUACGUUCGUAAGAUUCGAUCAGAACACCUCGCUAAAGCAGCUGGGUUGGCGGCAGCCACUGCUUCCAGAGCCAAGCUCGCCGUUCCCAUUACAACCAAGUAGCCGAGUCUUUUAGAGAAGAAUUUUAGAGGCGAAAGAAAACACAUAUACGCAAGUACGUCCUAAACAAGAGACAAUGCAUUUAUAUAAUCGAUUAUGAGUUAGGAGUACAGGCAGACUAGGCGCAAGUAUAUAAGAAUUACUUUUAAGGAUAUUUUAGAAUCAUUCAUACCAAAGUCAAUAGUUUUAGCGCGAAUUAAUAGUUGAACAAACCUAAGCACCUCUGUAUUAUACUUGCUAUGAGAGAUAGAGGUCUCUCGGCCUGAAUUUUGUCGUUAAUGUCUCUAGGACAACAUAGGUAUCAUGUACAUAACCUAGGGGAAAGAGGUACUUUACUUAGGUACAUUGAUGUUGUGACACCCCACCUAGCACAAUUCUAGGUUCCAUCCAAGGUACAAUAAAGCCACUAUCACUUGUCAAAACACUGUGGCUUGACCCCUCGCUUAAUUUUCUGCCCACAACUGGUAAUAGCAGACGCACGAACUGAACUUCCUUCUUUUC